AUGAAAGCGCAACAGACAACGGCAGGACCGCAGGAACACGACCACACGACAACUGAGCGGGAAAGGAUUGGGUGGACAAGGGGGCAGGAACAUGGUGGACAGGGAACGGGGAGUGGGAGGACAAGUGUAAGAGCAGGAGAUGCAGGACAACUAAAUAGGCGAACCGCAAAAACUCAUCGUCAAGGAGCGACAGAUACGGCCAGGGAAAAGUGGGAAAAUAGAUGGGGAAUCCAACUAUGCAGCCAUAAUACAAGUUCACGGGAAUUGAGAUGAAAGCAGUGAGCGAGCACAGUCGUCCGUAGGACCUCGAGCCGAUGCCGCAUCCGAGUUCGAGUCCGGAGUCCCCCUCACUCCAUCCGCCGUAUCCCGCAUGCCCGGAAAGGAGGAGGAGGAGCCGCUCGAAUUGCGGCUGGGGCUGUCACUUAGCGCGUGACAUGUGUCAAAACAAGCGGCAACCGCAGCGAGACCGUGACCAGAGCCUCCCAGAAUCCGAGCCUGCUGCACAAGUGCAUGCCCGGCUUCGUCCUGGGAGUGCUGCUAAUAUCCUUCCUCAGCAGCGGUGAAAUGGAUUUGGGCGGUUGGCAGCCUUAAA